AUGCUGCACACCGAGGGCCACGCUCUUCUUCGGGCCGUGGGUCAGGGUAAGCUACGCUUGGCCCGUUUGCUUCUGGAGGGAGGCGCCUACGUGAAUGAGGGUGAUGCCCAGGGGGAGACUGCGCUAAUGGCGGCCUGUCGGGCCCGUUACGACGACCCCCAGAACAAGGCGCGCAUGGUACGCUACCUCCUGGAGCAAGGCGCGGACCCCAACAUCGCAGACCGCCUGGGGCGCACCGCGCUGAUGCACGCCUGCGCCGGGGGUGGGGGCGCCGCGGUGGCCUCGCUGCUACUUGCCCACGGUGCAGACCCCUCAGUGCGAGAUCACGCGGGCGCCUCGGCGCUUGUCCACGCCCUGGACCGUGGGGACCGCGAGACCCUUGCCACGCUGCUGGACGCCUGUAAGGCCAAGGGCACGGAGGUCAUCAUCAUCACCACCGACACUUCGCCCUCGGGAACCAAGAAGACUCGGCAGUAUCUCAAUUCCCCACCGUCCCCGGGGGUGGAGGACCCUGCUCCCGCUCCUCCCAGCCCCGGGGUCUGCACGUCGCCUUCCGAAAUCCAACUGCAGGCUGCAGGAGGAGCAGGGGAACGGGGAUUGCUAUCCCCUCGCGCUCAGGAAGAAGAGGAGAAGCGGGACGUAUUCGAAUUCCCUCUUCCUAAGCCCCCUGAUGACCCCUCCCCUUCUGAACCGCUCCCCAAACCACCUCGUCACCCUCCAAAACCACUCAAAAGGCUCAACUCCGAGCCCUGGGGCCUAGUGGCUCCUCCUCAACCGGUCCCACCCGCGGAAGGGAGGCCGGGGAUCGAGCGCCUGACCGCGGAAUUCAACGGCCUGACUCUGACCGGUCGACCCCGUCUUUCCAGACGUCACAGCACGGAAGGUCCGGAGGAUCCGCCCCCGUGGGCGGAGAAAGUGACGGGUGGGGGUCCUCUCUCUCGCCGAAACACUGCGCCAGAAGCUCAGGAGUCUGGUCCCCCUUCAGGGCUGAGGCAGAAACUGAGCCGCAUGGAGUCGGUGGAGCUCGAUACCCCCGGAAAUAUUUGCCCCGACUCGCCGGAGUGCAGCCGCUUGUCCCUGGAGCGCCGGCGGUACAGCGCCUCCCCGCUGACCCUCCCUCCAGCCGGCUCGGCUCCCUCCCCGCGCCAGUCCCAGGAGAGUCUGCCAGGGGCUGUAUCUCCGCUGAGCGGACGGAGGCGGAGUCCCGGGCUGCUGGAGCGGAGGGGCUCGGGGACGUUGCUCCUGGACCACAUCGCGCAAACGCGGCCCGGUUUCCUGCCUCCACUCAACGUCAGCCCCCACCCUCCCAUCCCCGACAUUCGCCCCCAACCCGGAGGUCGGGCGCCUUCGCUGCCCGCCCCUCCCCAGGCGGGGGCGCCAGGCUCUCCCAGGACCAAGCGCAAGUUGGUGAGGCGCCACUCCAUGCAGACUGAGCAGAUCCGCCUGCUAGGGGGCUUCCAGAGUCUAGGCGGGCCAGGGGAGCCAGGGCGCUGAGAGGAGUGAGAGGAACCAAGGAGGGUGGGGAUCAGG